UAAACAAAUUGGGGUCCUUUCUUGCGAGAGGUUAGCUCUCGAAACGGUGUUACGAGUCACAUUGUUUUACACAACUGUGGUAAAUUAACAAAAAUAACACCAAUAUAUGUCUAUUAGAUAGUUUUGGGGAUGUUGAUAAAAUCGAAGUUCCCUUUGGUUUGGUCAUUUACGCCCUAACUAUCCCAGUAGUUUGGUUUUAUAACGUCGAAGGGUGUGUUUCUUUUCGGUCGCCGUCAACACAGCAGUAGCGUUAGCAAAGCAACCAAGCUAACGUUCUCAAACCCACGUAACGGUAAUUCUGCUUUUAGCUAGCCAAACAAUAAAAGAGGGAGGCGUUGAUGAGCAGUAAUGUCUGGUAUCGCUCUUAGCAGACUGUCCCAGGAGCGCAAAGCCUGGAGGAAAGACCAUCCGUUUGGUUUUGUUGCUGUGCCCACGAAGAAUCCUGAUGGGACCAUGAAUCUGAUGAACUGGGAGUGUGCCAUUCCUGGGAAGAAAGGAACCUUAUGGGAGGGAGGACUCUACAAACUCAGAAUGUUGUUCAAAGAUGACUACCCUUCCUCACCACCCAAAUGCAAGUUUGAGCCACCAAUAUUCCACCCAAAUGUCUACCCAUCUGGCACAGUGUGUCUGUCCAUACUGGAGGAGGACAAAGACUGGAGGCCUGCCAUCACCAUCAAACAGAUCCUGUUGGGUAUCCAGGAGCUGCUGAAUGAGCCCAACAUCCAAGAUCCAGCACAAGCAGAGGCGUACACAAUUUAUUGUCAGAACAGGAUGGACUAUGAGAAGCGGGUAAGGGCACAGGCCAAGAAGUUUGCCCCCACAUAGAGAGGAGAGCUGGCCUCUUUCCCGCCUGAGCAGCCUGGACUGCUGGAGGUUACAAACAGGAGGCAGGCAGCACCUGAUGGACCACUCCAAUAAGAAUCCAGUUUUGAGUAUUACUAUUACACAAGUGACAAGAGAGUUAGUUUCUUCUUGUAUUUUGUUUUUCAAACAACAAAACGUUCAAUAAGAUCAUAAUUUUACCCUCAAGAAAUAUUCAUGCAUUUUUAAUGCAUAGCUGUUGAUCCUAGAACUCUGCUGUCAACACAACCUUUGCUAUUUUUUAACUCUUGUAUGAUUUAUAUCUCCAAUUUUGUUGUGAGUGCUGCUAAGCUCACUCUUGCCUCCCAUUCACAAUAAUGUAUCAACAGCGCUAGAAAUAAGAAGUCCAAAGCCCUCUGAGUGUAGUUCAGUUGGUUGUGGCAGAGGAGUAGCUUUUGUUUAUUCUUACACCUCCAGUUUCUCUUGUUUUCUAUCAAACCCUGGAUGUAUUCUAGAUAGUGUUUCAUGAACUGGGACAAAGUAGUCAGACACACACAAAAAAUAGAAUAAAAAAUAUAUAUAAGUCAGGUUCUGCUUAUCCUAAACAACUACACAUUGGCUCUCUUUCUGGGCUAGACGGGGGCCACGUUUUCUACACCACUCUGAUUGCCAACAGCUGUUUGCUGUUGCCCCCCCACUACACACACACAUUGUUCACAACCCAGUUGUAUUUUUUUUUUUUUUUUUCAAGACACAGUGAAUGUUCUUUUGCAUUUCGAUUCGUAUGUUUUUAUUAACCGCCACCUCGUGUGAGAAAGAAACAUGCCUGCCUGUGUCACAGCGUUCUGACAGACAUAGGCAGAGGGAACAAAGUCUCGGAGAGGAACGCAGGUGUAGUAAGGAUAUGAAUAUGAAUAUGAAUGAAUGUGAAUUGUGUCAAAGUUUUUAAAUAAAUAUUUGGAAUCAAGAAGCGUUACCAACCAGAAUCGAUAAGCAGAAUCGGCCCAGAAUAGUUGAAAUCCAAACAAUACCCAACCUUACUCGCUGUUCUCCGGAUCCCUUGUUUUUGUUUCCUGUCACAUAUCCCUCACAUUUCAGUUCCCAGAAAGGCAUCAAAAGAAUACUGUCAAGUCGCCAACUUAAAAGACAAUCCUGGCACGUUUCAUAUUGGUUGUAAGCAAAACCCCCUCAGGGAAGGGACGUGUUACAGGCGAUAGAUGGGGCACUUGAGCCAGGGCUUUGCUUUAAAAUAAUGUAGUGUGGCUAAGAUAAGUGGGCGGCUAAGAUAAGUGUACAGUGUGUUCACGCCCAGGUGAAGAGAUGUUUCACAUUACUUUAAUCCCGUGAGUUUGAUCGCAGAAUCAUAUUGGGAUCAUUUGUGUUUACUCACUUUACUCGUGAGCAGUAGAGCUUACAAAGGUAGUCCAUCUUCCUCGCUUACUUUCCCCCAAGAAUGCUUCUUUUUUGUCCGUUCUCUGUACAAAUAAUGAGGUACUAUAGAGCUCUGGGUGCCAGCAGACCGCUGCAGUUUGUUCUUUCAUUUAUGGUUAAUCAAUGUCAGGACAUCUGGAGGCUCUAAACACAGUUAGGCUUUCGCGACACAGCACCGUGCAGAUUUCUGGCGCCAGGUGGAGUAUUUUAGGCCGCGGGUUUGCGUCUUUGCAUUGACUUUGUAUGUAAUCUUGUUGCCGAAUUCGGGCGAAAAGGCCUGGGUGGGAACACGCUAUGGGUGUUCUGAUUUUUCUGAAUCCAACUGGGAGUGAAAGUAUUUGUCAGUUACAGUUUCAGUGUUGAACUUCAUGCACAUUCAACACCAGUUUGUCAUUUGCUUCCCACACUACUACAAUAUGAGAUAGAGGAGAAGUUGCAGUGUAAAGAAAACGUUCGCUGUGUGUGUCAGACAAAGCAUACCAUCACUUUUGGUUAUUUUCUCCCACAAUGCUCACAAAAUGAAUACAAACCUGUAUAAAUCAUGACGCUACAAAUUGUUCAAGUCCAUCUGGCAAACAGAAGCUGAAGGAUCCUCAUUGGAAUGGCCUCUCAACCAGCAAGGAAGACAUGUGAAAGGUCACUUGAGAGUAAGCGUAGGCCUGAGACUUUUUUUGCCUCUAAAUAUAUGAGUGCAUGUACAUAAUAUAAAUAAUGACAAAUUGUGGAAGUUAUGUUUUAUAUUGUUUUAGCCAGUUGACAUUUGUGUGUGGUAUUAUAACAAAGAACACAAUAAAUGGCAUAAAAUUGUGAAAUAAAGUUGAAUAAAAGAAA